AUGUCUCGCGACUUGGAGGAGUUGAGACGACAAUUUCGGCAGCACUUGGCAGAUCAAAACACGGAUUUCUCGGCCACAGUCACGGAGGCCAUCGUCAAACAGUUCAAAGACCGAGUGGCACGUUUGACCGAAUCAAACAACGCGCUGUUGGCCGACAGAAUCGUCUCGAGCCUGAACUACGACAGCAGGCCCGUCCGCCACGACUCAGUCCUACAGGCACACAAGGACACCUUCCAGUGGGCCUUCGACUCGCGGCUGUCAGAUUGGUUGUCAUCUGAGAGUGGUAUAUUCUGGGUUUCAGGCAAGCCCGGAUCGGGAAAAUCCACCUUCAUGAAAUUCAUCGCCAAAAGCCCCCGGACCAAAGAGCUGUUGGUAAAAUGGGCAGGCUCGCCCGAGAAACUGGCUGUCGCCACGCACUUCUUCUGGAUCGCAGGUACGCCGAUCCAAAAGUCUUGGCAGGGACUGUUGCAAUCUCUGCUCUACGAUCUGCUUCGUGGACAUCCAGAUGUGGUAUCCUUGACCAGUCCGGACCGUUGGGAAGCCGCCAAGGCCGGACAAUGGCAGAUGGCCGCUGCGCCCUGGUCCGUUGACGAGCUCGCCGUUGCACUUAGAGCCCUUGCAAGUGCUUCCUGCGUGCCGUUGAAGAUGUGCUUUUUCAUCGAUGGGCUCGACGAGUACGACAGUGAUCACGCCGAACUUUGUCGAGUUCUUCGCGACUUGGCAAGCUCAACCCACAUCAAGAUAUGCCUAUCCAGUCGUCGGUGGUCUGUGUUUGAGCAGAGCUUCGGCAAUGGCUCCUAUCAAAAUCUGGAUAUUCACGAACUGACACGAGACGACAUUCGUAAAUUUGUGAGCGACCAACUUGACAUCAAAUCCCGUUGGAACGUUGAGAUGUCCCAAGACGUCGAUGAUGAGAUGACUCAGCUUGUAGACCGGAUCGCGGCUCAGGCUUGUGGUGUAUUUCUGUGGGCUUUCUUCGUCACGCGGUCCUUACGAGAGGACCUUUCCAACGGAGAAGAGAUUGGAGGCCUGGCAAGACGUCUCAGCCAGCUACCAUCGGAUCUAGACCGGCUCUUCCAGCACAUGUUGGAAAGCGUGGACCCCUUCGACCACUCUAAGAUGGCUGGUUUCUUGCAAGCCGCGGCUCAUGCUUUGGAACCUCUUCAUAUCGACCUGUACUGGCAUCUAGAGAGAGAAUUCGAAGGCCAUGGUUUUGGCUCAAGGAGCGCGAUGGUAGCCACGACGCUUGAGGAUAUAAGCGCACGCAGAGAGCAGACCAUUCGCAGUAUCAACGAGAAGACGAAGGGUCUGCUCAGGCUUGUGGACAAUCGUGUCGAGUUUCUCCACCGAACCGUCAAGGACUUUGUCUUGACCAAAGAUGUCGGCGAAUACCUUCGCAGCAAGCUCCCGGCGAACUACGACGGUUUCAUCUCCAUCACAGCCGCGUAUCUUGGGUUUCUGAGAACGAAGCGUACGGGGCACCAGCUUGUCGCGGACGUCAUCAGGCAGGGACGCGGGAUGAACAGUGGCCCGUUCAUCGCGCACUUGAAUCAAGCCUUGGUUUACGCGUCAGAAGCAGGCAAGCAAGCAGCUCAGUCCGAUACUCGUCAAAACAGGCAAGUAGAGAAUCUGUUAGAUGAGUACGAGGCAGUCAUUGAAUCCAUGGUAAGCCUCGGCCAUAUCAACGUCAAGGGCGUCAAUUCUCGAGGCUGCCACCCCAAAUUGGUCUUCCAUGAAGAGCUGCUGAGGCACGACCUAAGACCAUAUCUCGCAGGGAAGAUUCGCCAACAUCCAGAUUUCUUCGACAUGUUCGACAGGUCGCCGCUAUUCGCGGCGCUCAUGCCCAUGUGUCGCAGCAGCGGCCAGAGUUCUUCGCCGGUGCCCGGGGUCCUCGAUCUUCUCCUUCAGCGCGGCGAAGAUCCCAACGUGCAACCACGGCAGCGCGUUGUUGCGAACGAGGACGACGCGCCCUCGCCGUGGGUACUCUUUGCGCGGAGCACCAUGUCCGUCUUCAACAUGCUGUCGGGCCCUUGCAUGUUCCCUGCCCUCCGUUGGAACGAAUCUCUGAAGGACGCCACCUUCGGUCGCCUGAUGUCCUACGGUGCCGAUCCAAACAUGCCUUUGCUGAGCCGGCCAGCUGCGCGUACCGUAUUUUCGCACUUUCUGGAUAUAUCGCUGUCCAAGUUCCUCGGCGAGGAGUGUUUCGAGGACUAUCUCGGAACUCUGGACGCUUUCCUACGGGCGGGCGCGAGCCUCGGCGUUCCCGACCUUGCGGGCAAGGUCGACCCGGAUGCCGGAACUGCUUUUGGGAAUCUUGCCAGAUGGCGGCCGGAGGAGUCGGUGCUGGCGUCGUUCUGCUCCGAGUUGAACGGCCUUAUGGCGAGAUUGGCAGCAGAGCCGCGGAGGGCUAUAUUCGUCUCGCUUGUUGUGGAAAAGCUUGCUAUGCAUUGCUGCCGAGAAGAAGACCUCAGAGAAUUGGAACGCGCAGUAUCGCAAGGCUGUCCCGAUCAUACUGCUGCGCCACUGCUGCGUCUGAUUGCUUCUAAGAUUAUGAAUUGUGAGGACCAAGGUUCUUCGCGAAAGAAACGUCAGAACGCCGAUUCUGAUCGGCAGUUUAGUAUCAAGCUUAGGCGUAUAUAG